AUGUCCAAGUCCAAGGAAUCCUCCGGUGGUUUCCACCAGGAGUACAUCGCGUCUCUGCGCUAUCGCAAUGACCUACCUCCUCCUCACAUGCCGCCCAAGCUUCUUGAUAUCCCCCACGAGGGCUUGAGCCGCUACCUCACUCCCGGAUUUGCAUCCAACCUCGCCCGCCGGGAGGAGCCCAACAUCGACGUUGACGCCGAGGGUGGCCUGCCAAUUGAUCUCGUUGGUCUUCCUGGGUUACAUCUGGGUGAUGAAAGUGCUAUCAUGGCCCCCGAAAACCCUCAACCCAUAGACCCCGCCGAUCUCCCACUUCUGAUGACCAUUGACCAACUACGAAACCCCGCACCGAAGAAUGCCAACGUCAGUUUCUUACGGCGUACUCAGCACAUUGGCGUUGACCGCAGUGCUGGAAACGAUGCCCAUGCCGCUCCUCUUCAGAAGCCAUCGCGCAGCGCAAAGAAGAAGCCCGCCCUUGACGAUCCCAAUUAUGUCAAGAAGUUCGUCCAGAAGGGAUUCGACAUUGCCUACCCCCAGAGCAAGCACACCGGAGAGGACACCGACAGUCAGAUCCGCGGAGUGACCGCCACCAAGGCCGAAGCAGACGCCUGGGCCAACCCGGUCAACCCAGAGAACGCCAAGUUGAAGCCCGUUGGUUUCUUCCCUGUCUUGCCCGAUCUGGAGGGCUUCCCAGACCCCGGUGGCUACCUUCAAUUCAAGUUUGAUAAGGCGCCGCUCGCCGCCGUGGGAGGCAAGCGCGACAAGCGCAUGGACGUCGGUAUCCUAUCCCCCGUCGCACCCGAGCAGCGCAUCUGCCAGGAGCACGAGUCGAAGGUCAAACUCCACCAACAAAACCCGAACCUGUACUCCCAUCCCGGUCCAGUGCCAUACGACUAUCAAUUAUUCCUACCGGAGAAGUCCCACUCCGCCCAGAAGGUCCAUUCCAGCAUGGAUCUGACAAACGCCCACCGCGACAGCGAAGAUCUCUACACCAACGAAGGACCCGAAGGAAACAAAUUCCACCGCUACGACCGCACCCGUACAUACGCCACAAGUACCCAGGUCUUUAACACCGAACAAAAAGACCUCGCCUUGACCCUCUUCCAGCCCAAGGACGGAGACGUCCGACAGCUAGCCGCCUACUACUACCCCAUCCUAGGCAAGACGCGCCUCAAGCCCGAGCGAGCUCGCACCAUCGCACAGGCCGGCCUGGCUCCUACCUCCACCCAGCAAGAGGAGCGAGAGGAGCAAGUGGACCAGAUGCAGGUUGUUGUGCGUGAUCCCAAUGAGGCCGAAGUUUACAAGCGAGCUUUGGCCCGUCUUCGUAUCGAUCCCAAGUUCGAGAGCAGUAUGCCUCCUGAGCCGGUUCAGGAAGAGCAGGCUGUGGAGUAUGAGGAGAGGCCUGCUGAAGAGGAUACUCAUAUGAGCGAUAAUGAGUAG